AUGACGAAUGAAACAAAUAAAUUAAAAGAUAGUAUUGAGAAGCAAAUGUCUUCUGUUGUACCAAUGAAAUUAUGUCACGAUCGUCAACGUUUAUUAUCAUCAACAGAAACAAAUAGGAUUGGUGUCUCACCUGAAUCAUAUCUUGAUUUAAUUUCAAAUCGAUUUGAUAAACGUCAAUGGAACUAUCUUUCACUUGGUCCAUCUUAUAUCAGAUUAAAUCAAAGUGCUACACGUCUACAUAAACAACAAAAAAGUCGAAAUUGA